ACAAGGCCACUUGCGUCGGUAUCCUCCUCUUUUUCUUUUAAUUAUCCGUGUUCGGAUUCAUUCGCUAGGGAUCAAGUACCACAAGGAUGGUUCGCAUGCAUGGUAACGGCCACGGCAAGUCGAGCUCGGCUCUGCCGUACCGCCGCACGCCGCCGACGUGGCUGAAAAUUGCCAGCCGCGAUGUGGUGGAGCGGGUGUGCAAGCUAUCCAAGAAGGGCAUGCCGCCCAGCCGGAUCGGUAUGGAGCUACGGGAUUCCAUGGGGAUUGCUCAGGUGAAGAACGUCACCGGCCGUAAGAUUCUGCGCAUCCUGAAGCACAAAGGCCUCGCCCCGGAGAUCCCGGAGGAUAUGUAUUGCCUGGUGAAGCGCGCAACCGAGAUGCGCAAGCACCUCGAGCGCCAUCCAACCGAUCGCGAUACCAAAUACCGCCUGAUCCUGGUGGAGUCCCGCAUUCACCGCUUGGCUCGUUACUACAAACGCGUGAAGCAGCUGCCGCCGACAUGGAAGUAUGAGUCGAGCACCGCUUCUGCGAUGACUUCGUAAGUCAUGGUGGUGGUCGUGAUCCGGAGCUUUAUUCGAAUUGUUGUCAUCUUUAUGAUCCAGCACUGCGAAUUGCCUCUAAGGUCUUAUUGACGUUCGACAUUUUUAUGUCGAAAGCAUAGCCUGGUGGAGGAGUAGUAGCGGUAAGGAGACUGUAAGGACAGGUGCGCCCUUGGAGAUAGUUUGGUUCUUAUCUUAUUUCAAUCAUUUUUCUUUUAAAAAAAUCCCAUUUUUAUAGUGAGCUCAGUUGAGAGCUUAGAUUUA